GACGCUGCGAUGACGGCUUAUUAGCUAAGUGCAGUUUUUCUGCGUUAAUGAUCGUGGCUUCUGGCUCUUCUUCAGAUACUAUCAGCAGUAUUACUAAAAUGAAGAUACUAUUGGUCGCUGUUGCAUUGCUCAUAGCCAUCGAAAUUGAAGCUCAUUCGGAAUGGUCGCCUUACCCUGGCUUUCAAGAUCAAAGAGGAAACAAUCCUGGCCGCGGAUGGGGAUAUCCACAACGAAUUGAGCAGCAAAACAAUAAAUUUACUGACAUCGAAUGGGUAUGCCAAAACCCAAAGACAAACGACAUGAUGAUUAUUGCUUCCGACGACACACGACAUACACCGCAACAAAAUUCUGAUAGGGAAUCGUGGUGGCAGUGGCAUAAUGUUCCACCAGGGCACCAAUGGCAGCAUCAUCAACAUGGAAAUCGUUGGAACAAACCAAUCAUUAUCAUUCAAGAAACUCCAAACACUGAUAACAAUUAUACACCACUUCCGACAACACCGGAAACUCCUAAUAACGUCGAUGAACAAACGAAUUCUCCGCCUUAUCAUGGUGGAGAAGGUUCUAUCGAUAUUAGAGUCGGGCCAACAGAAUAAUCUAUUUUUAUACUUUUUAUUUAAUUAAAUUGACAUA